AUGGUAUCCUCCACUCCCCCAUUCCCAUCUCCAGUCCAGCGCUGGCACAACAAAGCCCAACCCGCCGGCGACCCCAGCCUUUCAGCCCUCUCCCAGAAAGGCAAAUCCAUUCUCGUGACUGGAGGAGGCAACACGGGCAUCGGAGGAGAAACAGCACGUUUCUUCGCCCGCGCAGGUGCCGCACGUAUCGGUCUGCUAGGACGCCGCGAGGGUCCGCUGCUCGAGAACAAAGCCUUUAUCGAGAAAGAGUGUCCUGGCACAAAGGUCUUCAUCCAAAGCACGGAUGUUACCGACGAGGUAUCUGUCAAUUUGGCCUUUGACAAUUUCGCGAGAGAUGGCAAAAUUGAUACGCUUAUUCACGCCGCUGCUGUUAUUGGUCCGACUGAAAAUUUCGCUGAGGUUGACGCGCGCGAGUUUCUUAAAGGGGUUACUGGUAAUAUUGAGGGCUCUUUGUGGGUUGCGAAAGCUUUCAUACGCCAUGCUGCACCCGAUGCGCAUGUUGUUGCUAUCAACUCCUGGGGCGCGCAUUUGAGUCUGAACGAUGCUUACGCCUCUUACUGCGUUGCGAAGAUGGCUGUGUACCGAUUGUGGGACAUGGUCCUCCUUGCGAAACCUAAUCUCAGCGUCUUCCAUACCCAGCCUGGCGUUGUGUUGACGGAGAUGAACCGUAGAGUCGGUGGGGCGGAUAGCUUCAAGCAUGUCAAGACUGAUGAUGAGGCUCGCUUCCUGAAGGGCAAAUUCUUGUGGUGUAAUUGGGAUAUCGACGAUCUCAAGUCUCGUGCCGAGGAGAUUGAGUCGGGGAGGUUACUCAACAUCGACCUCAAUGGAUGGCCAUUUGAGGCGACUGCGAACUAG